AUGAAAUUCGCUGAAUUCUUAAUAAACAAUAUUAUUCCGGAGUGGGCAUUAAUGUAUUUCAAUUAUAAGGCCUUAAAAGCCUAUUUAUCGACUUCAGGCGCUCUCAAAGAUUUCCUACUCUAUGCCAAAAAAACGAUGAGCACUCAGGAGUACAGGGAAAUAAAGAAAGUCGUUAUGGAAAAAACUUAUAUCAUGUCAAAAAUCUUGGCGGAUCAGAAGGAAUUCAAUAAAAAACUUAAUUAAGAGUUGGUUAAAAUAAGAUCCUUUAUGAAUGCAAAGUAUAACGAUUUAAAGGGCAAGACUUAUAAAAUUUAAUUAUAAAUUCUGUCAAUGAAUAGAUAAAAAAGAUCAUUAGAGAGGAGCAGAAAACGUUCAGUAAUACGAGUGAGUUCCUAGGUAGCCGAAGAGUUAACUGAGUAAUUAACUAACAAAUAAAUCAAGGUCUAAGAGUCAGACUUCAAUUAGAAAUGCCUUAAGUUGAAAGAAUUAUGUUUUUAACUCUUUAACGAAGGAGUGAACUUGGAGAAGUAUUUAAAAAUCAACCAAGAAGCCAUUCGUAAACUUUUAAAGAAAUAAAUGAAGAAAUCCAUCAAGAUGAAUUCAGAAUAAGUAAAUUUGGAUGAAUGUAAGAAAUUGGCUUCAGAAAUCAAUUUUGAAUAAUAACUAAAUAAAGUCAAAUAAAUGUUAUUUCAAGUUUAAAAAUACCUUUUAAAGAACUUCUACCAAACUCAAUAAUAGGUAUGUAAGGAAUAACUUCGUAAAUAUCAAUUUCAAAAUUAUAAAAAUAAUAAAGCCUGGUUUUAAUUUGGUCUAUUCACAGGCUUUUCAUUGAUGUUGAUAUCGUUUAUCAUAUUCUUAGCAACUCAAAAAUAGUUGAACAUUUAAAACAAUGCUAUUAUUUAUGAACAAUUCCCUAUUUACAGAGGAGCCUUGUUGUUUAUCCUUUACUAUUGGUCCUUAACUAUAGUUAUUUACUUAUGGAGUAAAUCCAAGAUUAAUUAUAAAUUAUAUUUCUGCUUCAAUCAUCAUUUCUCUACGAUCAAUGAGCAGUUGAAAAGAGUAAUGAGUUUGACCUCGAUCUUUUUGCUAGUUAGUCUUUUUUAUCUAUGUGAUGUUUCUAAAUUAGGCAUUAUAUUUUCAAAUCUUAAAGGAGAGGAGUACUUCCCACUGAUAAUCUGGACUUCUGUUUUUGCAACAGUUGCAUUUCCUUCAAAAUUCAUGAUUAAUGGACAAGGUCGAUUGUGGCUUUAUCGUAAUUUAUGGCAAUGCCUGAAUCUGAAACUAAUAGAAUAACGACAUUAUUUCAUAUUCAGCCAGUUCACUUCAUUAAUUAUCCCAUUUACUGAUCUCACUUAUACAGUUUGUGAAUAUUCAAAAGGAAUCAACAAUCAGGAGGAGACUGACUUUAACUAGUACGACGAAUGCUUUUUUAUUUCUAGAUAUUUCACAUUGGCAUUGGUGUUGAUUCCCUACUUGAUUCUGAUGAUUUAGAUCAUAUUUUUGACUCAAAAGCAGAUGAACGGCAACCUUUUUAUAAUAGAAUUCAUCAGAAACAUAUUUUCUAUUGUUUUGAUAAUCUUCGCCACUUUAUCCUAUUAGGAAUCUGACCUUUUUUAUUAUUGGUUGGGAAUGGCGAUUUUUAUAGCAUUUUUUAAUAUCAUAUCUAGUAUCAAGAAAUGGAGUUAUUUGGAUGUCAAAGAAAGGAGAAAAAAGAAAUAAUUACUCUCUUAUAAAUAAAAACUAUUAAUAAUAUACCUACCUUUUGGAGUUAUCCAGCCAUUAUCAAUAUCCACCUCUAUCUUUGGGUGUUUCGAUAAGAAGGAAUAACACAGUCUCCUCAUCUUGUAUAUCGGCAUUGUAGAACUAAUCCGAAGAAUGAUUGUCAACUAUUACAUUGUUGAUGCUGAGCACUUUAGACAUAAAUAGAAAUAUCAAUCAGUUGGAGAAUUGUUGUCCCAAGAUACAACAUUAACAACUAUUGUAAGGGAAUCAGAAAUUCUAUUUAGAUAAGAUGAAAUUGAAGAUAGCGAUGAAGACGAGAAAGACUUGAGAAGAAAGGAUAAAGAAUAGAUCACCGAGAUUGAAGUUAUCAUCACUCAGAUGGAACCAGAAAUGAAAAGAAGACAAGACACUGGGCUUAUAUCAUAGGGAUAAUCGAUAUCAAACUAAGUCGAGAAUCAUAAUUAGAAGGAAGCUAAGUAUUUGGGAAUAUCUGAACUGGUAGUUAAGGAAUCGGAAAAACCUUUGGGAGAGAGCUUUUUCAAUUACGAUAUUGAUGACUUCAAGCCGGAGGAGUUGAAUCAGAUUAUCAAUUGUUAAUAAAUAUCAGAGAGUGAUUUAUAGAGUUUACACAUCAAUAACAAGAAUUCUAAGGAGGAGAUAAAUAGAUUGUAUGAAGAGUUUGGUAUCAAAAUCAAAUGA